GUAUUCAUAUAUAGAGAAUUACAAAUAGGUCAGGCUCAGCAAGCAUGCAUGACAUGUGACAUGCUGACAGCAGUGUAGCUAAAAGUAAGCUGGCCAGUUUGCCAAUAUGUUUAACUCUGAUUCUAUGUCACUGGGGCACAAUCUAGACCUAGAUAAUUCAGGGAGCAUUCAGUACACCAGCAGCUAUGAGAGUGUUAUUCAAAGAGAAGUUCAAGCAUUUCGUCUGCGAUAUCUCUGCUCCCAAUCUGCCACCAGAUUUGGACAAUACAUAUGUAGACGAACUCUCCAUGGAAGUGCUGUGUAUAUUACACUCUUUCUUAUGUUUCUUGAGAGGUUAGCAUACUAUGCUGUUGUAGGAAAUAUCACUGACCCAUUCUUAAAGAGUCUUGAAAUUUCUGAAUUGUACCAAUCGCUAAUUCAAACUGCUCUUUUCGAAAUGGUUGCCAAUGUCAUGUUCCCAAUUUUUGGUUUCCUUGGUGAUCGUUAUAUUGGACGUUUUCAUACUGUGCACAUUAGUAUGUGGAUUCUUUUGGCUGGGUAUGUUUCCUUGGCUUUUACCUCAUCGUUUGAGCGCAAUUUUGACAAUGGCCACCACAUCAAUACGAUUUUACUUCCAAUUUGUUUUAUCAUUAUUUCUGUGGGCUCGGCUGGAUUUCAAGCAAAUAUGAUCCCACUAGGAGCUGAUCAGAUAAUGGGACGACCGUCCGAUGAAAUUAGUGCUUAUUUCUAUUGGUAUUAUUGGAUACGUAAUGUUGGUGCACUGAUUUUUGUGCUAAGUUUCACCUGUACUUUUCCUUACAAUACUACGGUGUUCGGAUGCGUGUCUGCAAUCUGUAUUUCUGUCGGUCUGAUUAUAUUACAGUUCACCCGCAAUAAACUCUAUAUUGACAACAGACAGCACAACCCCUACAAACUAGUGUUUCAAGUAAUCUCGUUUGUCGUUAGAGUUAAGCGACCUCAGCUUAGAAGUGCAUUUAGUUAUACUGGAGUGGAAGCACCCAGUCGUAUGGAUCUAGCCAAAACAAUUCAUGGAGGGAAGUUCAUCAACUGUGAGGUGGAAGACGUGAAGACCUUUGUCCGACUGUUAGUAUUUCUAUUGUCUCUCGUUGGAGUCCUUACUGUGUAUACUGGGGUCUUGAAUGCCAUAACCACACAGAUCAAGUACAUGACUGUACCGUACAUCAACACACUCAUAGGGUCGUGUACAUCUGUCUGGGUUGUCAAUAUUUUGUUCAUUGUCUUAGCGAUUCCUAUUAUAAACUACUGCCUGUAUCCAUUCCUUCGCGAGUACACACCUAACAUGCAAAAGAGGAUAGGUAUCGGACACUUCUUAGUGUUUUUGAGUCCUUUCUUUCUCCUUCUCUUAUCGUCAGUUGGUUUUUCCCGUGUAGGAAGUCAAAGCGAAGUAGCAACUCACUCAUGUAUGUUCGUAAAUACUUCUUUACUGCCCAUUCACCUCGAUAUUAGUUCGUACUAUAUUCUGAUCCCACACGUCCUGGCUUCGUUGGCUGAAAUAUUUAUUGUCAUUUCAAGCUUGGAGUUCUUCUAUGCUCAGUCCCCUCACACGAUGCGUGGGAUGAUGAUCGGCCUAUUUUUCUUCACCUGGGGUAUUGCAACUGUGAUUGCCAACCUUAUCAUAGUCGUGUUCUCAAACAUCCAUAUAGUAGCCCUCACUUGUGACAUUUGGUAUUACAUUUUGUUAGUGAUACUGUCCGUUUUGUUUUUUGUGUUGUUUAUACUCGUGUCCGUGUGGUACAAGAACAGAAGAAGAGGAGAUAUAGAACCUGACUUGUACUACAGAGAACAAUGACUUGCAAAAUUGAAUGUAUGACAACAUAAUUGACGCCUCUUCAUUAUCGUCAUGUUUUUGUUAUGAA